UGCUCCUCUGUGCUGACUUUAUUCCACUCAAUAGUUUGCUGGAGCUCCACUGGCAUGUUUUCACCGCUGCGACUCGAUGAACAUCAAACGUCGUUUCUCCUCUCUGACACUCAGGCUCACUGAACAACUAAACAAGGAUGGACCAUGGAGACAGAGGGAUGAGGGUGUCUGACCUUCGCUAUGAGGAAGAGGAUGACCAUCAAUCCGUCUACAUCGGCGUCCCCGUAUCGCGCGGGUUACGCCGCAAACGGAGGCGACGGCGUUCGAGUCGAGAGGCUCAGGACAUGGAGCGGGACAGACAAUACGGCCACAACAGACACCACGACCAUGACCGCUACAGAGACAUAGACAUUGAGGAAGGACUUAUGGACUCAGCUGAGCAGAGUCUCCAAGACAUCAACCGCACAAUGUCUCCAGCAGCAGAGCGGCUACGCUACAUCCUGAGUGAAGACGACGACCUGCAGACACCAACGCUCUUCACAGAGAUGGAUACUUUGCAGCGAGAAGGUGACGACCUGGAGUGGAAGGAGUCGGCCAGGUGGGUGAAGUUUGAGGAAAAGGUGGAGGAGGGAGGCGAGAGAUGGAGUAAACCCCACGUGUCCACGUUGUCCCUGCACAGUCUUUUUGAGCUCAGGACUUGUCUCCAAACAGGGACGGUGCUGCUGGACCUGGACGGCUACUCAUUGCCUCAGAUAGUUGAUGACAUCAUUGAGAGACAGAUAGAAGAGGGCAUGUUAUCACCUGAGCUCAGGGAGAAGAUCAGCUUUGUGCUCUUGAGGAAACACCGACAUCAGACCAAGAAGCCGAUUCACCGCUCACUGGCCGACAUGGGCAAGUCCGGCUCCUCUGCAAGUCGGAGCGUACCGCCCCGAGGUGGAAUAUGUCCGGGUCCAGGUCAGGGUCAAGGACCGAACUUUAACCGAUCCACAGAAGAUCUACGAGUUAAGCAGCAAGUUGCUAACUACGGACGCCUGCGUCAUGCUCAGAGCAGAAGUAUGAACGACAUUGCCGACACUCCCAGCACAGACCAGCUAAAAAACAAAUUCAUGAAGAAAAUCCCCAGAGACGCCGAGGCAUCCAACGUGUUAGUGGGCGAAGUGGACUUCCUGAACAAACCCUUUGUCGCCUUCGUCCGUCUGGCUCAGGCCACGACGCUCGGAGGGCUGACAGAAGUGCCAGUUCCCACCAGAUUCCUGUUUGUUCUGUUGGGUCCCCAAGGAAAGGCCAAGUCUUAUAAUGAGAUCGGCAGGGCUAUAGCGACCCUAAUGGUGGAUGAUCUUUUCAGUGAUGUUGCCUACAAAGCCAGAGAUCGGGAGGACCUGAUAGCUGGCAUCGAUGAGUUUCUGGAUGAAGUGAUUGUGCUUCCACCUGGAGAAUGGGAUCCCAAAAUCCGCAUUGAGCCUCCAAAGAAAGUCCCCACAGCUGACAAAAGAAAGUCUGUGUUUUCCUUGAACGAGCUGGGCCAGAUGAACGGCACGGCUGGAAAAGGGGGCGGCCUCUCUGAGGACGAGGAGAUGCCGGUGCAGCAUGAACUGGGAGAGGAGCUGGCCUUCACUGGUCGUUUCUGCGGUGGCCUGUACCUGGACAUAAAGCGGAAACUUCCGUUCCUGCCCAGCGAUUUCUACGAGGGAUUCCACAUCCAGUCCAUCUCCGCUGUGCUCUUCAUCUAUCUGGGCUGCAUCACUAAUGCCAUCACCUUUGGUGGUCUCCUUGGAGACGCCACAGACAACUACCAGGGUGUGAUGGAGAGUUUCCUGGGCACUGCCUUGGCUGGAUCUGUCUUCUGCCUCUUCGGCGGUCAGCCCCUCAUCAUCCUCAGUUCCACAGGACCCAUUCUGAUCUUUGAAAAGCUCCUGUUUGACUUCAGCAAGAACAAUGGCAUAGACUACAUGGAGCUGCGGCUGUGGAUCGGCAUCCACUCGUGCCUGCAGUGUUUCAUCCUGGUGGCUUCAGACGCCAGUUACAUCAUCAAGUACAUGACCCGCUUCACCGAGGAGGGCUUCUCCAGCCUCAUCUCCUUCAUCUUCAUCUCGGACGCCAUCAAGAAGAUGGUGGGCUCUUUCAAGUACUACCCCAUCAACACCGACUUCAAACCAGACUAUGUCACCACUUACAAGUGCGAGUGCCUGGCCCCAGACCCGAUUCCAAUGCCAGAUAACAGCUCUAGUAUCUCUGGGUUGAAUGUGACAGCUCUGGACUGGAGUCAGCUGAGCAAGAAGGAGUGUCUGAAGUACGGAGGCUCUUUGGUCGGAAAGUCGUGCAAGUACGUUCCUGAUCUGGCGCUCAUGUCCUUCAUCCUCUUCUUUGGCACCUACUCCAUGACGGUCUCUCUGAAAAAGUUCAAGUUCAGCCGCUACUUCCCCACCAAGCUGAGGAAACUCAUCAGUGACUUCUCCAUCUUCAUGUCCAUCAUGACGUUUGUCGGGCUUGACAUGUUGGUGGGACUCAAAACUCCUAAGCUAAUAGUCCCAACUGAAUUUAAGCCAACACGGCCGGACCGUGGCUGGCUGGUGAUGCCUUUUGGAAAGAACCCCUGGUGGAUCUACCUGGCCAGCUUCGUUCCAGCCCUACUCGUGACGAUCCUCAUCUUCAUGGACCAGCAGAUCAGCGCCGUCAUCGUCAACCGCAAGGAGAACAAGCUUAAGAAAGGUGGUGGCUACCACCUGGACCUGUUCUGGGUGGGGGUUCUUAUGGCUGCUUGCUCGUUCUUGGGGCUGCCCUGGUACGUGGCUGCCACGGUCAUCUCCAUCGCCCACAUUGAUUCCCUGAAGAUGGAGAGUGAAUCCAGCGCUCCAGGAGAGCAGCCGCAGUUCCUGGGAGUCAGAGAGCAGAGAGUAACGGGCAUCUUGGUGUUUGUUCUCACCGGAGUGUCCAUCUUUCUCGCCCCAAUUCUGAAGUUCAUCCCCAUGCCUGUGCUGUAUGGCGUCUUCCUCUACAUGGGUGUAGCUUCUCUCAGUGGGAUCCAGUUCUGGGACCGGAUCAAGUUGUACCUGAUGCCGUCCAAACACCAGCCGGACUUCACCUAUCUCCGUCACGUUCCUCUGAGGAGGGUUCAUCUCUUCACACUUAUCCAGAUCAUAUGCCUGGCCGUGCUUUGGGUCCUCAAAUCCACAUUCUUAGCCAUCAUCUUUCCUGUCAUGAUCCUGGGUUUGAUGGUGAUCCGGAAGGUGCUGGACAUGAUGUUCUCCCAGCAUGACCUCGCCUGGCUGGACGACCUGUUGCCUGAGAAAGAGAAGAAGAAGAAGGAAGACGACAAGAAGAAGAGGAAGGAGAAGGAAAAGAAGAAGCCGAAAGCAGACGACAGCGAGGAGGAGGAGAAGUACCACGGCUACUCCAACCACUCGCCCAGCUCCGAGUCGGACCUGGAUCGCAGCAUCACCCUCCACUUGAAGAUCUCCUGCCCGUCUUCACCGGCCAUGCCUAUGGGCCGAGGGAUGACCUGCUCUGUGCCUCAGGUCAAGAUUGAGAUGGAGUCGGACUACGACUCCGACAUGGACCGCCACCGGGGACGGGAUAUCAGCAGCGAGACGACGUUAUGAUAACGUGUUGGAAAGGUGUUCACUUUUAACCCUCCCCCUGUCUUAGCGCGACGCUCUGGAGGAGCGCGUCAGAUGUCACUGGAAGUGUGGGGCUUGACUCGUCGGACCAAAACCACACAGCAACAACAAACCUCGUAAAUGCGUACGCGGGUUUAUUUCGACCCUGCCGGACCGCAUACAGAGUAAAAAGCUCGUGGGGUCCAAUUGACCCCGUCUCUUAAGACCGCGGGAGGGUUUUAAAUGUGUGUGUCAUCAUGACAUGUGGUCCUGUGGAUAGUACAUUAAGAACUGAAUUUAUUUAUUUAGUUACAUUUAUAAUGUAAAGAACGCUGAAGAGAGAAAAUAUGUAUCCCUUUACAAUAUUCUGUAACUUUCUGUAAUUAAUAUAAUCGUUUUACAAGCAGCUCUGUAUAAUUGAGUUCUAAUUGUAAUUAACCAAAUAAAUACUACAUGAUGCCAACUGUAUGUACAGAGCUGAACUACGAGGCAGGAAAUGUGUAAUCAGCUUUUGUUAGUAAUUGUACAUUUUCCUGUAUAUAGCUCCGCCUUGUACUGUUAGCAUGUUAGCAUGUAGUGUAGAUAUCUGUGCUAGGUGUGUCUGCUGAGUCUAUCUAAUCCCACAGAGCCUUUUCCCUGUUUCCCUUUUCUGCAAAGCUCCAAAUUGGCACACUUAACAAAAAGAAACAACCAAAAGGCGCUGAUGUUAUGUGUUUAUAGGCUCACUUUCUGUAAAAGCUGCCACUGACAAGUUGACAUUUGUGUUUUCCCAUUUUAAAAUGUGUGACAAUAUGGCCGACAACGAACAGGACACAGAAUGUGCGUUGGAGACAGGCACCAAACACACGAGUUGUUGAAUUAAACUUCCAUUAUUCUGAA